CUAAUCUGGGGUGAGAGGAGGGGCUGGUCAGGUGAUUUACAUGACAAAUACCUGGAAGUCAUUAGAUUUAAGCCCUCCCUAUCCUCUGGACUAUAAAGCACAGCGGAUUCUUAGCGUGGCACUUGGUAUUCCACCAAGCAACUACUGGGUCACCUUUCUCCGUAACACUUCGGAGAACUUUGGAACAGGCGCAAAAGAGAGAAAGGCGCUCUCUCGCUUCUCUCGACGGCAUCCCCGCCGCUGCUCUGCUAGGAUUCUUCGGCUGCCUUUCCGCUGGAGAAGCUGGAAAUGAAGAAAGUCGUACUGCUUUUGGUCAUGCUCUUCCUAUCAUCUGCGCGAGCCGUGGGGGAAGAUCUGGACGACCAGCACGAGCUGAACUACUGGGCGGAUUGGUCCGAUGGAGGCGAGCAGAACCAGGAAAAGUUGCCUUUCCCUUUUGAACACUUUCUUCAGAGAAUUGCCAGAAGACCCAGACCUCAACAAUUCUAUGGCUUAAUGGGCAAACGGGAUGCUGGAUAUAGCCCUGUCUCACACAAAAGAUAUAAAACAGACUCAUUUGUUGGACUCAUGGGCAAAAGAUCAUUAAAUUCUGGAUCUUCUGAAUGGAGUGCCCUACAAAUGUUUGAAAGAAGACGCAAAUGAGACAAUUUUUCCAUUGUCCAUUGAAAUGUUUAAGUAGCCAGCUUAGUAUAAUGAAAAAUAGCCAUUGUAAGGAAUAUUUAUCUAUUUAUUUUUAAGAUCAAAUUUUCAGUUACAAUGAUUUCCUCUUUUGAGGCAGUGAUAUAUACAUUAUGUAGACAUGGCAAGCUUUACAGCAAUAUUUCUGAAUGGAAUAUAGAAAUCAGUGAUGUUUCACAAGAAAGCACAUUAUUCAUUGUGUGAAAAAAUGUUCAACGGAAAAAAAGUGGUAAGAAAUCAGAAAAAAGAAUCCUUGUUAAUUUAGUAUCUGCUAAACCACCAAAUUGAUUUGUGAUCACAACAAAAAAAAAGAAGAAAAGGAAAAGCCUUGUAAUUUCUGUCAUCAAUAUUUGUUCGUAUAAUUGCAGCAUGUUUUUGUUUAUUUUGUACAUAUAUAUAUAUGUAAAGUGACAUCACUUCAUUUCUAUAUAUAUAUAUAUAAAUGAAGUGAUAUCUUGUUACAAUUCACUCACAUCAGAUAAAAGUAACACAAUUCUGAGGGAUUGGGAACACAUAUUCUGUGCAUGGAUAUCAUUAAUUAAAACAGGAGCAUCAAAUCUCAAAAAUUUUAAAAAGCAAAAGUAAAGAUUGUAUUAGAGAAUUUUAUUAGAGAAUGUUUAUUUGAGUAUUAUCCAUCAGUCAAUCUUGCCAGAAUUUCUAGCUCUGGUAUUUGUAAUUUUGCAAUUAGCAAAAUUAGCAGAUUAAGAAUGGUGCAUGUUUGGUUACUAUCUGGCUUAAUCCAUAAGCAAAUCUGGUUGGGCAUGUGGUAGGUUAAAAGCAGUUUCUAAACAUUCUAAAUUUCUAAAAUUAAUACAGUAGAUUUCAAUAUUCACAGCUAAAGAUAAAGCAGCUGCAGAAUGUUCUAACUUCCAUGGGUUUCCUUGCUUGUUAAGUGCACAGCAAAAGCCUUGCCCCAAGAAAACAGAUUACAGUAGUAAAACAAUGGUGGGGAUGAGAAUGCAGCUCUUGAACAUCAUAUAAACCCCAAUUAUAUAGUCAUAUAAUGACUAGAUUUCAAAGCUCCAAAUGACUAAAUAGAGUUGGGAAGUCCUUUCUUUAUUGCCCUCUAAAGCUCAAUCUGGAUUUUUGCAGCCAAAAUUGGCUGAUAUGUAGCCCGGUUGUCUCUAAUGUGAUGGCAGUCAGGUGAAGGAAAUGCAUCAACUUUAGGAUUCUACUAUAUGAACAAACCAAUGUGAAUUACAGAGAGUUUCUUACCACUUUUGGAACAUAUACAGUAAAUCUGUACAUCUUGCUUAGCCAUGGUAGAUCUUAUAUGAUUCACAGCUUCCCAUGUUGUACCAAGUCAAUCAACUGUGAUUAAGCAAAUCAUGAUAUAUGAUCUUACCUUUAUAUGAAUGCACAUUGAAUAUAAGCAGUGAACACUUUUUCAAUCCUGAAUCUACUGCCAGUCAAUUACUAUAGUGAACCAUAAGUUCUAGUUUGAUGAGAAAUACAGUCUGCAUUUCCUAUUUUUUUGUGAAGGAAUGGAGUCCCAGGAAUAAGCAACUUUAUAACAUAUUCUAACUUCCUCUUCGAAAACAGAGAAACCUGAAGUUGCAUUUUGCAAGCAGCUCAGUUUUAUCACUUGCUAUUUUGAUCCUACAAAACAUCAUAUCCAGGUUUAGGGGGGAGCAAUCUUAAAAUGCUAUUCUUUAAAAAAGUUUAUAUGCUUUAUUUGGAUUGCUAUAAACUGCAAGCAUAUACAGUAGUUUAGCUAAAAGCUAAUAAAAAAGAACUUAUCAAUUAA